GAAGCGGCGCUUUUGGUAUUUCUCGAUCCUUUUUUUUUAAUAUUUUUUUUUGUUUGAUUGAAGGAAAUCGCGAGUUCUUUGCUGCAAGUUCAACGAAUCUACGCGUCCUGUGUAUUUAAAGAGGGAGAUUGAUAGGAAAGGAAUCGAAGAGAGCAGUAAUAGGGAAAGAUUGGCUGUUUGAGAGCCGCCUUUGCUUCCGCUAAUUCUUCGUUCCAGGACAAACUCUUCUCCUUUCCCUUUUGGGUUUUUUCGUCCACAGAUCAAGGAGCUGAAGAUUGUUGAAGAAUCAGCGCUUGUUUUAAUGGGGGAAGAAGUUCCUGAGUAUAUUCUGAACAGCUCGGUUGAGAAAUUGUCUGUUGCUUAUGACUCUGAGUCAGCAGCCUAUCAGACCUCUACCAACUUUGCCAAUAAGAUGUAUGUAGUUAAAGGAUCAGAGUAUGGAGGAAAUUCGCCAACAAAUGUAAAGAUUUUUGAUAACAUUACAAGAUCAUGGAUAAUCCCGACUGUUCUUGGUAUGAAGCCAAUCCAUGUGGGAGGCCACUCAGCUGUUCUUCUGAACAAAGAUAGGAUAUUGAUUGUUAAGAGGGAUUCCGAGUUGGAUGAUUGCAUCUGGUUUCUUGAGGUGGAUACCCCUUUUGUUAAGGAGCAAAAGAAGGUAUUUGGCACCGAGGUAGUUGCAUGGAGUAAGGGUGUAGCUGGCAAUGCACCAAAACCAAUUGUUAUCAGUGGUCCUUCUGGUGUGGGCAAAGGCACUUUGAUAAACAAACUUAUGAAGGAAUUUCCAUCAACUUAUGGAUUUUCAGUGAGCCACACAACUCGAGCACCAAGAGAGAAAGAAUCAGACGGAGUCCACUACCACUUCACAGAUCGGAUUACUAUGGAGCAAGAUAUAAGAGAUGGGAAAUUUUUAGAGUUUGCUUCCGUUCACGGAAACCUUUAUGGAACGAGUAUUGAAGCAGUUGAAGUCGUUACAGAUUCCAGGAAGAGAUGCAUUCUUGACAUUGAUGUGCAAGGAGCGAGAUCAGUGAGGGCAAGUUCUAUUGAUGCGAUCUUUAUUUUUAUCUGCCCUCCAUCGUUUGAAGAGCUUGAGAAGCGGUUACGAGCACGUGGAACAGAGGUCGAGGAGCAGAUCCAGAAACGGCUAAGAAAUGCCAAGGCAGAGCUCGAUGAAGCAAAAUCUCACGGUCCUUUUGAUCAUCUGUUGGUGAACGAUGAACUAGAAUUUUGCUAUGACAAUCUUAAGAAAUUAAUUGCUUCAGAUGAACUAGCUACUCCUUUACAUCGAUCAACCAUGAAGAACUCGAAGAUUCUUGUGUCCGACGUAGAAUUCAAGAGGGAUAAAACAUUCCUCCACUGUGGUGAUAAAGAUUUGUUGUUGCUCGAUAUAUCUUCUCUUAAAGGAGGUGCACCCGGGCGAACAAGAGGACUCAAUGUGUGCCCAGUUGAAUCAUCGGGUGGCUGUGUGAAUGGUAUCGCACAACUUUAGCAUCCUAUCUCCGAACCAACCGACAGAAGAUAUCUGCACCGGCUCUGGCUUGGUUUACAAUUGAUUAGUCGACACAAUCAUUUUUAUUCAGGCUAUAUAGAGUGCAAUAUAGCUGAUGUUAAGAGAUUGCUUUGUUGCUUCGCUGAGAGCGAUGACUGAUGCUUUGUGGUGAAGCCGUGCUUUACCAAAUUCUAGUUCUAUGAACCAUGUCCUCAAUUCAUCAGAGAUAAAGUGAAUUAUUCUUUCUCCACCAUUUCUGUCUGAUGGCAGAAAAUGAUGGGAUCA